CAGCACUGUCGGCUUGGGUUGUUGUUUCCUAUCCGCCAUUUUCCAGUCGCCAUUGAAAGGUGAAAACUUCACUAAAUGUCGGUGAUGAUUUUAAGAUUUUGAGUGGUUUCUUUAAGAUUGAACCCGUUAUUAGUGUUGUGAAAUGAAAAUGAAGUGCCCCGGACUACCAUGACGCAUCAAAAUCACCAAACAAACGGUGCAAGUCUCGAGGAUUGCCACACGAACUUCUUCGCCUUGACGGAGCUCUAUGGCAUAAAAUGGCGUAAGCUCGUAUGGGGGGAGACGAAUGGCGGCGGCGACGGGGAGGAGGGUGGCGCGCCGCUGGCUGACCCAGUGAUCAGCAGCUAUGCGCGCUGCCUAGCUGGCGACAUCCUGUGCGUGUGGCGGCGGGUGCCGGCGCCGCCACCGCCCGACAAUAUCUAUGAGAUGAGCACGCCCGUCCCGCCGCCUCUCUCCCUCCGAGCCGCUAAAGAGCUAUGGAUAUUCUGGUAUGGCGAAGAACCUGACCUCAAUGGUCUCGUUGCACCAGAAUUGAUUGCAAGCCAAGGUGACCAGGGGUCGUGGGAGAGUGGACUCUCGUACGAAUGCCGUUCGCUGCUGUUCAAGGCUCUUCAUAACCUCAUUGAAAGAUGUCUGCUGUCGCGGGACUUCGUGAGGCUUGGGAAGUGGUUCGUCCAACCUUACGACGGCGACGAAGAAGAAGUCGGCAAGAGUCCAUGGCACCUGUCGUUCUCGUUCGCGUUCUUCCUGCACGGCGAGAGCACGGUGUGUGCGUCCGUGGACGUGCGACAACACCCGCCCGUGCGCACGCUCACCGCCAAGCGACUCGCCAAGAUCAACUCGCCCGACAACCAGGCUGAUGCCAAAGUGAUCCUGGCACCGUUCGGUCUGGAAGGCACCCUGACGGGCCGCGAGUGGAGCGACGCGGACGCGGGCACGGCGCGACUACUCGACGCCUGGCGACAACUCUACCCGUUGGAGCAGGGCUGUGGCGCUGUCGAGGUGGUAUGCGGCGGCGCCCGCAUGCGGUACCCGUGCCCGUACGUGCUGGUGACGCACAUGGAGGCGGGCGCGGGCCCCGCGCGGCCCUCCGCCGCGCCCGCACGCACGCUCGCCGCGCUCACCACGCCCGCGCCGCACAAGGCUCCCGAGAUCUGCUACGGUGAGGCUGCGGGCGACAAGACGGAAGACUUCAUAGAUCCCACCAGAAAAACUCCUUGUACCUGUGCGAAAUGGCGGCGGCGGCGCGCGGGCCGGCCGGCGCCCUUCCACCGCCGCGCGGCCCGGCCGCCGCGCCCGGCCCACUCCGCCCACUCCGCCCACCCCGCCCACUCCGCCCACUCCGCCCACGCCGCGCAGGGCCCGGGCGCGGCGUGUUCCCCGGCCAGCUGUGGCGGAGGCUCCCCUGCCCCGGGCGGCUCCGCCCCACCCUCCGCUGGAGCACCACCACCCUCGCCACAUCACCAGCCCUUGCCUAAUCACCAGUCAACGGGCAUAGUACCAACGACGUUACAUACGCCUGCGCCGACGCCGGACCCGCACGCUCCACCCACUCCCGCGCCGCCAUCGUUACCGCCGCCCAAAACUUAUACCCAGCAGGGCUCCCCCGGCUGCGUGUGGCGCCGUCCGACGCUGCCUGCGCCGGCGCCGCGCACCGACCCGCUGGAGGACGAGCACGCGCUGCACAUGCUCUACGACUACACCACCGUGCACGCCUGGUUGGAGCACCCAGUGAAGCGGUUCAAGUCGUCCCAGAGCAGUUUCCGCGAGGAGAUGGCGCUGGGCGCGGGCGCGGCCGGCGACCUGUACGCGGGACACGACCACACCAAGAUGGCCGCCAUGCGGGACUCGCAGCUCGACCUCAAGCAUGAGAAACUCGACCAUAACGAGGAUACGAAAGAGUACAAGAAUCUGUUCACGUCGGACGGCCUGUGUCCGACGCUGAAGGACCUGGAGCAAAUAUUCGACAACUCGGACGACGCGGCCAGCGGCGAUGAGACGGUAAGACUUUUGCAGGUGGCGACACCCCCCGACUCGACCAAGUGCGGCGAGGAGUCCCGCUGCGGGCGCGGCUGCCCGCGGGCCGAGGAGCUGAGCAAGAUGUUCCCCACGCCGCCCAGCAUGGAGGCGCACGCGCAGGCCUCGCCCGGCUUCUCGCUGCCCGACGACGCCACGCCGCUGCGCGCCGGCUCGCCGCCGCCCGACCAGGCCAUCGAGGACUGGUCGUACGUGUUCAAGCCGCCCACGCUGUACAAGUACGUGGGCUCGUCCAAGUACGCGCCGCUCACGUCGCUGCCCAGCCAGCUGCUGCCGCCCGUCACGCUGCCGCCGCACGCCGUGUACCGCCCGCGCUACCAGGACCACGACCACGACCGCGACACGCCCAAGGCCCGCGACGACGCCGACGCCGACGCCGCGCGCCCGCAGCCCGGAGUCAAGCGCUCCGCGCCGCCCACACCGGAGACUCGCGACGCGCGCCCGCGCCGGCCCUGUGACACGGCGCCGGCCGGGACCGGCCCCGGGCCGCGGACUGGCACGACGACGACGUCGACGUCGUGCGUGGCAGUGUCCCGGACGUCCCGGCGCGGGCCGGACUCAGCCCCGGCGGCCCCGCACGCGGCGUGCCCGCUCAUGCUCAACGUGCUGCUGGCCGACACCGUGCUCAACGUCUUCCGAGACCACAACUUCGACAGCUGCACGCUCUGCGUCUGUAAUGCCGGACCCAAGGUGGUAGGCAACAUCCGCGGCGCGGACGCAGCGACGUACCUGUCUGGCUGCACGGGUAUGGGCGGGAGCGGGGGCGCGGGGGGCGCGUCCCCUGCCUCCGCGGACGACGAGCCCUCCCACUGCACCUGUGGCUUUAGCGCCAUACUCAACCGACGACGGGCGCACCGAGCCGGACUCUUCUAUGAGGACGAGAUGGAGAUCACGGGCCUGGCGGAGGAGCCCGGACUGGGCAGCCAGGGCGCGGGGCUGGGCGAGGUGGCGCGGGUGGUGCUGGCCCACAGCGCGGGCCCCGCGGGCGGCCCCGCCUCGGCCCUGGCGCGGGCCGCCACCGCCGCCGCCACGCACCCGCCCACGGACGAACUGCGGCUCAACCUACUCGAGUACACGGACGGCGGCACGGCGGCUGCGCGCGCGCUGCGUGCGUCGGUGAGCGGGUCCAGCCUCAGUCCGCUGGCCGCGCCCCCCGCCGCACCCCCCGCCGUGCAUCGCUGGCCCUUCAUCGGCGCACGCGCACCGCGCUCCUCCCGCGACGUAGUCAGAUUGAUGCGGCGAUUAAGACCUCUGUUACAAGACGCUAUCCAGAAGCGUUGUUGUGGUGCGCGCAUGUGGGACGGAGUGACGGGCCCCCUGACGUGGAGACAGUUCCACCGCCUGGCGGGGCGCGGCAACGAGGACCUCUGCGAGCCGCAGCCCGUGCCGCCGCUACUCGUGGGCCACGACCGCGACUGGAUCUCCUUGUCUCCCUACGCGCUGCGGCACUGGGAGCGCCUGGCGCUGGAGCCCUACUCGUACGCGCGGGACGUGGCCUACGUCGUCCUGGCCGCCGACUGCGACGCUCUCACCGAGCCGCUCCGCGCCUUCUUCCGCGAGCUGUCGGCCGCGUACGAGGCCUGUCGCCUGGGCCGCCACCAGCCCAUCUCGCGCCUGGCACGUGACGGCCUCGUGCGCUGCGCGCCCAGCUCGCGGCCCGAGCGCGACGACUGGACGGGGCCAUUACCCUCCGGCCGGCUAGCGGCGCAUCUGCGCGCCUACGGAGAUACACUGCGGAGCUCCCUGCUGCCGCAGCUGGCCGCGCUGUCGCUGGACAAGACGCUGCUGGAGCCCGCGGAGCGCGCCGAGCGGACGGAAGCCAUGCGGCCGCCGUCCACGCCGGAGCACCCCGCCACGCCGGGCGGCGCCGGCGGCAACACGGACACGGAGGCCGAGCCCGCGGCGGGUGGCGCAGCGCCCGGGGCGGCGGCAAACGCGGCCGCCUGGGACUCGGACGAGGCGGGCGCGCCCGCGCUCGUGCUCUACGUCGUGGAGCCGCCCGCGGCGCACGCGCACCGCCCGCACGCGCUGCACGCGCUGCUGCGCCUCGCCGCGCGGGUCAUGGACCAUCUGCACCACCACAACCCACUCGUCAAGAUCAUCUCCCUGGAGAGUGUGUGUGCCCGGUGGGGCCUGGGCUGCAACACGGAGGCCACGAGCGUGGGCAGCACGGCCAGCGCGGGCGGCGGCGGGGGCGCGGGGGGCGCGGCCGACGUGCGCGCGCUGGCCUUCAGCGUGUUCAGCGGGGCGCGCCGCCUGCUGCAGCAUCACGCCAACGGGAAGUCGCUCACUGGCUUCGGCACCGCCGCCGACGCCAACCUCUUCCUGCAAGGCAAAGACGAAAAGAAUCGCGAGCCAUACAAGUUGUUCUCCCCGGCGUGGGUGCUGGCGGCGCCGCGCGCGCUGAAGGAGGUGGCGGAGACGUGGGGGCAGGGCGGCGGCGAGCAGGGCGGCGUGCUGUUCCUGGCCUACUGCCUGAGCCACGACCAGCGCUGGCUGCUGGCCGCCGCCACGGACGCGCGCGGCGAGCUGCUCGACACCGCCGCCAUCAACAUACACGUGCCGCACAGUUCAAACUCAUCCAGGUCACGUCGACGGCGGAGUGGUCCGGCGCGGCGGCUGGGGCUAACCAAGCUGAUGGACUUCACACUCGGAGUCAUGAGCCAGGCUGCGCAGCCCUGGCGCCUCGUCGUCGGCAGGGUCGGCCGCAUCGGACAUGGGGAACUUAAGGGUUGGAGCUGGCUCCUGUCCCGCAAGCACCUGGUGCGGGCGUCGGCCACGCUGCGCGAGAUCUGCAGCAGCUGCACGGUCCUGUACCCGGGCGGCGUGCCCUGCAUCCUGUCGGCCUGCCUGGUCUCCACGGAGCCCGACUCCUGCCUGCGCCUCAUGGCCGACCGCUUCACGCCCGACGAGCGCUUCUCGCAGGCCUCCAUACAGUCGCACCUGCACACUCCGCGGGACGUCACCGCCACGCAUAUACUCGUCUUCCCCACCUCCGCUACCACACAGUCAAAUCAGAUGCCCUUCGAGCCACCCAUGGCGAACGGCGAGGACAGCGAUAUGAUGUUCUUGAACGUGGACAUGGGUGACGAGGAUAUGGGGGAAGACAACAUGACGGACCUGUUGAUCGGCGACAUGUUCAACAACAUGUGGGCCGCGGGCAGCCCGCGCCGCACUGACGACGACCCCGCCGGCAGCCCCCAGGCACACCACCAUCACCAAGCUGCCUUCCACCACCAGGACGACAACACCACUGAGGCGGUGGGUGCGCUGCUGCAGCAGCCCCUGGCGCUGGGCUACAUGGUGUCGACGGCCCCGCUGGGCGCCAUGCCGGCGUGGUGGUGGGCGGGCUGCGCGCACCUGCGCGACGCCUGCCCCGCCUUCCUCAAGACGGCGCUGCACCUGCACGCCGGCUCGCUGCAGGCCGCCGACGACUACACGUCGCUCACGCAGCGCCGCGACCACAACACGCACCCGCUCGACUCGCAGACCACCACCGACGUGCUCAGAUACGUGCUGGAGGGCUACAACGCGCUGUCGUGGCUGGCCCUGGACGGCAACACGCACGACCGCCUGUCGUGCCUGCCGCUGCACGUGCAGGUGCUGAUGCAGCUGUACCACACGGCGGCGGCGCUGGGCUAGGGCCCGGCUACUUGUGAUCCUCAUACUACAGUGCCCAUGUGCAGUGCGGUGUUAGUGUGUCGUGUUUGUGAUGAAACUCAAUAUCCUCAGUGACAUGUGUUGGUGAUUGUGAAGCAACGGAUCUGAAUGAAAACUGGAAUUACUUAAAAUAAUAUAGUAUUGUGCAGGAAGCCUUAUUAUAAAUUCUGUCAAACCACUUAUAGAUUGCACAUGUUAAAAAGGCACUACAUGUUUCAUACCGAUGUGAUAUGAUCAUGCCUGGCUAAAUACUAGUUAUUAGAGUAAAUUAUUGGAGUUGGUAUUGGAAUGGUAUUUGUAGUGGGCAAAUGGGUAAUAUUUAUUUUAAAAGACAUUAUUGAAUACUAUUAAACUUGAAAAAUUACAAUAGUAAAUUGACUUGUAUGUCUGUCUCAGACAUAUUAAUAGCUGCAAAUAAAUAAAUACCUUAAUAAUUAUGUUUAUCUAUUGUAAUACUACCCAUCUGUCACUACAUGUUAAGUAAGGUAAAUGACUAAAAGGCAGCGUAUAUGUAGACUUGUAGUUGAUGACAGUACUUAGAUAAAUUAACUAGUAGGGAGUGUAAGUCAAAGGCCUCGUUACGGUAUGUUAUUGUUGUCAAGUGUUGGUGUGUCGCCUACGUCUUGUAGGGGACCGUGUUAACGUGCAGUAUUCACUGUGUUUAGUAACAUCAUAUACAGAAGUAACAUGUUUUAGCAAUAAUUUCACAUUAUUCUCUCAUACUUCUUAUUUAUUAACAUUAUUCUUAAUUGCUCUUAUAUGCUUGUCUAAAGCAAAUAUGAGCUAGGACAAAAUCUUACAUUUAAUUUUAAUAAACUAAGUUAUUGCUAGAACAAGUUACUCAACUAAAAUGUAUUGUGUUCCUUUCUAAACAAAGUGAGUAUUCCUGCAAACAGAGUUCUAAAAUGAAAUAUCAAAAGUGUUAUAAAUUAAUUACUAGGAAAAUUUUUAAAUGCAAGCUAGUUAAGCCGGGGAUUAGAAUUUAUAAGUUCGAUCACAAAAUAUGGUCCAAUUUGGCAUGUAAACCGUUUUACAUAUUGUAUACAUUUAUGUAUCAUUCAUUCUCGUCAAAAAGCAUUUUAUUCUUAUUUUAUUUAUCACCAAAAAAGCGAAUAUUAAAAAGUUUAAAAAAAACUUGUUUAACUUAGCCAAUGAGUGCCAGACACAUACACACAAAAGUAAACAAAAAAAACUUACCAGUGUCAACUUUCGGAUACGCAAUUUGUGCAAUUAAACAUUUUAUGUUAUUUAUUUUCAAUCAGUUUUAAUAUUUCUAGUGGUUAUUAUCACAUAUUGAAUAUGUGCAACAUUGAAUUAGUAUUUAACAGGUUCCACACAAACAGAAAACUUCCAAACAGUCUUGUCCAUAUAAAAAUACAUACUUCCUGAUCUCUCAUUCCAGAAUCGAAAGUGAACCUCAUUUUAUAUAGCAUACUUUUUAUUUAGACAGCCACAGUUGAACAGCAUCCACAAAUUAAUAAUAUAAAUGUAGAAAAAUUAUAAUAAUUCGCCAAGAUGGCUACAUGCAAAUGAAUAAGAUUUUUAUAUGGGAAUGAUGUAAUUAGAUAGUCAAUUGCUCACAAUAUCCCUUUUCUCUAUUAUACCUCAAAUAUUUUCACACCUCGACAAAAUCUUCCAUGGAUUUUAAUUGUAAUUAGUAUUAAAAUUAUUAGCAAAAUACUUAAUUAUGCAACUUAACAUUAGUAAAGGACAAGUUGAAUUCAUACAAUUUUACAUUAUAAUGCAAUGUAGAUGAUUUUGAAUUUAGCUUUUUGAGCUUAAAUUUCGGAUCCCCUAUACUCAUGCUAAUAAUUCACAUCAAGUUUUAUUUUGAUCUCAAUAGCUACUGGAUUGAUACUGAAUAUUUUACACAGGCCAAUGUCCAAGGUAUGGCUUGACAUAAUGUGCAUACACAGUAUUCAAAUUAUUUUAUUUAUCAUUUUGAACAGGGCAAUUCCAUAACAGUGAUGUUAACAUAAAAACAUCACAUGAUUGCAAAUGUUCAAACUGGCACACCCUGUAAUAUUUGUUUCAUAAAAUGACGUCACAAUAUUUACAUCUGCUACCAUCAUGGUGCAGUGUAUGUAUUAAUGUAAUAUAUUUUUGUAAUUUUUCGUUAUUUUAAUAAACCGGUAUGAAUUACCAAAGGAGUUAGAUAUGUAUAGUAUUUUAGAUAUUUUUUUACUGACAUUUCUAAUUAAAUCGUCCACCAAAACAUCUCACUUAUUAUAUAACGACAUUAGUCGACUUGUUCAUUCAUGCAUUAUUUUUGUAGGCUUUUUCGAAAAUUAAAACGGCAAUAUAACUUUGUCGUUUUAAAUGUUCUAUGCGACUUUGCUUUGCAAAUCAUGUAUAGGUAACAAUCUAGGGAAUUAGUAAAAUUGACCACUGACAUAUAACUUGAAUUAUGUAAUGCUGUACAGUUUUGUACGAGGGAACAAACACUCAAUAUUACUUCACACGAGUACCGCAUUGCACUCGGGAUUCUAGUGAAAACCAAUGUUCAAAUUAUAUAAUUCUUUAAUGUUAAAAAUCAAUAUGGUGUACCAACAGUAACAAUUCUAUGACAUACAGAUUUACAAGUAAAUAUUUCUCAUGAUAAUUCAAUCCUGAUAUACUGUAAAUGUGUGAUACUCUCAUAGUAGCCAAUGCUUUUGUCGUGAUUCUUCUGUCAUCUACAUUACUCACACAGUAUAGUAACUGUGUCCAGUAUUGAGGUGAAGAAAAAACACAAUCAAAGCAGUUAAUAUUGUGGAAGUGUUACACAAUUACACUGCAGAAAGCUAAUUAGUAACACCAAUAGUCUAUGGUUAGAUAAAAUAAAAUAGUGAUAAAAAGAGCCCCCUAGAUGAUGUUCGAAGUAGCAUUUGUAUAAUUAGACAUUGUCGUUUUAUAACAAAAACAUAAAAUGGAGCCAUUUGAAACAACAGAAGAGCGUGUUGAUAGGUCGAAUCUCCGACAGUUUGUAGUUAUAAUGAAAUUUUCUAUUUUAAUAUAUUAUUAAAGCGUAAGAGUAGGGAGGUGUGCUGUGAAACAAAUAUGUAAAUAUGUCCGAUGCGUGGUUUGGAUCGUGUAUUACUCAUUUUUUAUUGAUAUAUUAUUCCAUUUUUAAUCUUAUUUCUGUGGACUGAGUUCGGAAAAAUCAAAAAUCCUUAAUCAAUUUUUCGUAUUGAACAAAUUAUCAGAAAUCAGAUUGUAAAUUAUUUUUUGUUGCUUAGUACCUAAUUAUUUUUUGUAUUGUCAAGUGAUGGUAGGCAAUUUGUACAGGUUUUGUAUGUAAUGCGCGUGCGCAACGCCGCGGCGGUUUGCAUAACUUAUUUAAUUGUAGACGCGGCCUGCCCGCAACUUAACUGAAUUAUGCCUAGUUGAAUAUGAAAUGUUUUAAAUGUGUUACAGCAUUUGAGAAUAUUUAAUGAUGUUGUAUAUAGUUUAUUAUUUUGUUUUGUAAAACGACAUUUUGUACAUAUACUCGAUGUAGUAUCGAAUACCGUUAUUUGCCCACAUUGCCGUAUAAUGGAGCACGUUUUAAAGAAACCACUCGUAAUAUUUUGUACAGUUGUUAAGCGAGAUUCGUAGUUGAAUGGAUUAUUUUAAGGAUUUCGUUUUUUUGACUUUUUUGUUAUUGUGAAUUUGUCAAUUUUUUUAGGGAAUUGGGAUCGUACUGUACAUAGACCUCACCAUUUUGUCAUAUAUUAGUUGUAAGCGGUCAAAUCUGAUGAUUGAUGUGGAAAUCAAAUUUUCUAAAUGGAGCAAUCAUUAGAAAUUCGUAAAACAAAAUUAGUGUAAUACUUGAUAUUAAUAUAACUUUAUAAAUAACUGUGAAAAUAGGUAAUAAUAAUUAUGAAUAAAAUAUUACAUAUUUAAA